UACUGAAGGUAUAAGUAGCACCCGUGUAAACGCACACAAGCGACAGUGUGUAUUGUGGUAGUUGAAUGGGAGACUGGAGGGGAAGUCUGAUGCGAGUGUGUGACUUAAUUUAUGAGAAACCAAACUAAAUUAUUUUUUGCACUAAAUAUUAUAUAAGCAGUCCACAGUAGUGAAGACGUAAACUCUGUCAACAUGGUUGCCACCAGCACACUGAAGCCCAAAAGCAGUGAGUGCAUCUCGGAGGUGGCCGAGCGGAAAUACGACCAGGCGUGCCUGGAAAAGGAACUAGAUUUUUGGGAUCACUGCUUGGCAGAGUCCCCAAGGAAUACGGAUGCCACUGAGGACAGAAGCUGCCUACAGCUGGCUAAGAUGUUUGAGAGCUGCCUGUCGCGAGCCAAGAGGUCAAUGCUCCACUGCUCCUCUGUGCUGGUCCCUGAUAACCUGACACGACGAAUAGCAGGAGAAGUGCUGCGCCUGGCGUCCUGUGAGCCAUGCGGCCUGCGUGGCUGUGUCCUCUAUGUGCUCCUGGAGCUGGACAAGGGCUGCCAGCAGCUGGAGCGCAUCGUGUACGACGCCAGCGUGGUGCCCACCUUUGAGCUGACUCUGGUGUUCAAGCAAGACGGCACCGCAUGGCCCAGCUUGCGAGACUUCCUUUUUAUGGGCGCUUGCUUCGCCCCGAACUUCAGACGUGCACUCAAAUUGAGUCCCGGUUUCCGGCUGGUCAAAAAAAAACUGUACUCCUCCUCAGCUGGUACCUUGAUCGAGGAGUGUUGAAUUUUGGGAUACUGUCUUUUGGGAUUAAUGCACUUUAACAAUGAUGUAAACGACCUUUGACUGUUUCUUAUACUGAUUAUGUACAAGUUGAGUUUUCAGCGUAUUUCCUGUCUAACCUUGUGAGAAUCGUGUUGGCCGACAGCAUUUUUGAACUCUCUUCCAGUAAUAUCCUAGCCUGCCUCUUGAAGUUGGCAGAUGAAUGCAAACAUACCCACUUAUCGCCGUACUCUAGCCACUUUAAGGAUACAUGGAAUAUUUGGCAACAGUCCUGAAAUUGAACAGGACCUGUUGCUUUUGGAGUGAUUCUUGACUGAAUGUUUUUUUUAAAUAAGGCUGUCGCACUGAGGGAAUAUGGAUACUUUGCCUUUUUACGCAUGCAACCCGGUUUGUUCUGUUCUCAUGCAGACUCAAACUGAAAUAUUUAUUUGCAAGUUCACCAACUGGAAGUGCAAAGAGACCUGUACUUGUUUUGUGACCUCACAAGAUUUUUUUUUAAGUGCCAAUUCAACAUUUGAAAGAGGUUUUGACUUGUCUGUCAGACAAUAAAAUAUUUCAACCUGA